GAGCCCCUGGAAGAGAUGAGCGCGGAGGACAGCGAGGGCAUCACUUUCCCUGUACCCCCGUUUAGCCCCCCAGGAUUCUGCACCUUUCAGGAGGUCGGCAGCGGCAGGAGAGGUGGAGCGACAGCGGCUGCAGCUGCUACUCCGGGCGAGGGAAGCCAGCUCCCACCACCGCCCCCUCCCCCCGGUACCUUCUGGAAUGUGGAGAGCAGCGGCACCUCCGUCACCUGCGCUGGGGGCAUCUCGGCAACUGCGAUCGCAGGCGGGGCCCCGAGCGCCCCCCGAAGUCGGGGCAACUCGGCUGGCGCUGGCGGCAGCAGCCGGAGAACCACUGUGGCAUAUGUGAUCAAUGAAGCGAGCCAGGGGCAGCUGGUGGUGGCGGAGAGCGAGGCCCUGCAGUGCCUUCGGGAGGCGUGCGAGGCAGUGGGCGCUGCGCUGGAGACCUUGCAUUUUGGCAAACUAGACUUUGGGGAAACCGCGGUGUUGGAUCGCUUCUACAAUGCAGAUAUCGCUGUGGUCGAGAUGAGUGAUGCUUUCCGACAGCCUUCCUUGUUUUACCAUCUUGGGGUGAGGGAGAGCUUCAGCAUGGCCAACAAUAUCAUUCUCUACUGUGACACCAAUUCAGAUUCUCUUCAGUCAUUGAAGGAAAUCAUUUGCCAGAAGAAUACUAUGUGCACUGGAAACUACACAUUUGUUCCAUACAUGAUAACCCCCCAUAACAAAGUCUACUGCUGUGAUAGCAGCUUUAUGAAGGGAUUGACAGAGCUCAUGCAGCCUAAUUUUGAGCUACUUCUUGGACCUAUCUGCUUACCUUUAGUGGAUCGUUUUAUUCAACUUUUGAAAGUGGCACAAGCUAGUUCAAGUCAGUAUUUCCGGGAGUCUAUACUCAGUGAUAUCAGGAAAGCCCGUAAUCUCUACACAGGCAGAGAAUUGGCAGCUGAGUUGGAAAGAAUCCGACAGCGGGUGGAUAAUAUUGAAGUCUUGUCAGCAGAUAUUGUCAUAAAUUUGCUACUGUCCUACAGAGAUAUUCAGGACUAUGAUUCUAUUGUGAAGCUUGUAGAGACUUUAGAAAAGCUGCCGACCUUUGAUUUGGCCUCCCAUCAUCAUGUGAAGUUCCAUUAUGCAUUUGCACUGAACAGACGAAAUCUCCUUGGAGAUAGAGAAAAAGCCCUUGAUAUUAUGAUUCCUCUGGUGCAAUGUGAAGGCCAGGUUGCUUCAGAUAUGUAUUGUCUGGUGGGUCGAAUCUACAAAGAUAUGUUUUUGGACUCCAAUUUUACAGACACAGAAAGCAGAGAUCAUGGAGCUUCCUGGUUCAAAAAGGCAUUUGAGUCUGAGCCAACACUACAGUCAGGAAUUAAUUAUGCUGUUCUACUUCUGGCUGCUGGACACCAGUUCGAAUCUUCCUUUGAGCUACGGAAAGUUGGAGUGAAACUAAGCAGUCUUCUUGGUAAAAAGGGAAACCUAGAAAAACUCCAGAGCUACUGGGAGGUUGGAUUUUUCCUUGGUGCCAGCGUACUAGCCAACGAUCACUUGAGAGUGAUACAAGCUUCUGAAAAGCUUUUUAAACUGAAGACACCAGCAUGGUAUCUGAAGUCUAUUGUAGAGACCAUUUUGAUAUAUAAGCAUUUUAUGAAAUUGACUACGGAACCACAUGGAGCCAAGCAAGAACUUGUGGAUUUUUGGAUGGAUUUCCUGGUUGAAGCCACAAAGACAGAUGUGACAGUAGUUAGGUUUCCGGUUUUAAUAUUAGAACCAACAAAAAUCUAUCAACCUUCGUAUUUGUCUAUCAACAAUGAGGCUGAUGAAAAGACAAUAUCUAUCUGGCACGUGCUUCCUGAUGACAAGAAAGGUAUUCAUGAAUGGAAUUUUAGUGCUUCUUCUGUCAGGGGAGUAAGCAUUUCAAAGUUUGAAGAACGAUGCUGCUUUUUAUAUGUACUUCACAACUCGGAUGAUUUUCAAAUCUAUUUCUGUACAGAUCUUCACUGCAAAAAGUUUUUUGAAAUGGUGAAUACAAUUACUGAAGAAAAAGGGAAAAACUCAGAAGAAGGAGAAUGUGAUAGUGAUUCCUUAGAGUAUGACUAUGAAUAUGAUGAAAAUGGUGACAGAGUCAUUUUAGGGAAGGGUACUUAUGGUAUAGUUUAUGCCGGACGUGACCUGAGCAAUCAAGUCAGAAUCGCUAUUAAAGAAAUUCCAGAGCGGGAUAGCAGAUAUUCCCAGCCUUUACAUGAGGAAAUAGCAUUGCAUAAGCACCUGAAACACAAAAAUAUUGUCCAGUAUCUGGGCUCAUUCAGUGAGAAUGGCUUCAUUAAAAUUUUCAUGGAACAGGUUCCAGGAGGAAGCCUUUCUGCUCUUCUUCGGUCAAAAUGGGGUCCCUUAAAAGAUAAUGAGCAAACUAUUGGCUUUUAUACAAAGCAAAUUCUCGAAGGAUUAAAAUAUCUUCAUGAUAAUCAGAUUGUACACCGGGAUAUAAAGGGUGACAAUGUGUUGAUCAACACAUAUAGUGGCGUUCUCAAGAUCUCUGAUUUUGGCACAUCGAAGAGGCUUGCUGGCAUAAAUCCAUGUACUGAAACUUUCACUGGUACACUUCAAUAUAUGGCACCAGAAAUAAUAGAUAAAGGACCAAGAGGAUAUGGAAAAGCGGCAGACAUAUGGUCUUUGGGCUGUACGAUCAUCGAAAUGGCCACAGGAAAACCACCAUUUUAUGAAUUAGGAGAACCUCAAGCAGCUAUGUUCAAGGUGGGAAUGUUCAAGAUACACCCAGAGAUCCCCGAGUCUAUGUCAGCAGAGGCCAAGGCUUUCAUAUUGCACUGUUUUGAACCAGAUCCUGACAAAAGAGCCUGUGCCAAUGAUUUGCUCGACGAUGAGUUCUUAAAAGUUUCCAGUAAAAAGAAGAAGACACAGCCUAAACUCUCAGCUCUUUCAGCUGGAUCAAAUGAAUAUCUUAGGAGCAUAUCCUUGCCAGUCCCUGUGCUUGUGGAAGAUACAAGCAGCAGCAGUGAGUAUGGCUCCGUUUCGCCUGACACAGAUUUAAAAGUGGAUCCCUUCUCUUUCAAAACAAGAGCCAAAUCCUGUGGAGAAAAAGAUGGGAAAGGAAUACGGACACUCUUUCUGGGUAUUCCAGAUGAGAAUUUUGAAGAUCACAGUGCUCCCCCUUCCCCUGAAGAAAAAGAUUCGGGAUUCUUUAUGCUGAGAAAAGACAGUGAACGAAGAGCCACUCUCCAUAGGAUAUUAACAGAAGACCAAGACAAAGUUGCAAGAAAUCUAAUGGACUCAUUGGCUCAGGGAGCUGAGGAGCCCAAACUAAGAUGGGAACACAUCACAACUUUAGUUUCGAGCCUCAGAGAGUUUGUGAGAUCAACAGAUCGAAAAAUCAUUGCCACCACACUGUCAAAGCUGAAGCUGGAGCUGGAUUUCGAUAGCCACGGCAUCAGUCAAGUCCAAGUGGUUCUGUUUGGUUUUCAAGAUGCUGUCAAUAAAGUCCUUCGGAAUCACAACAUCAAGCCUCACUGGAUGUUCGCCUUGGACAGCAUCAUCCGAAAGGCAGUCCAAACAGCCAUCACCAUUCUGGUUCCAGAACUGAGGCCACAUUUUAGCCUGGCAUCUGAGAGUGAUACAGCCGAUCAGGAUGACCUGGAUGUUGAAGAUGACCAUGAUGAACAGCCUCCCACUCAGACUAAUCGAAGACCUCAGGCAGUCAUUGAAGAUGCUGUGGCCACCUCUGGGGUGAGCACACUCAGUUCCACAGUAUCGCAUGAUUCCCAAGGUGCUCAUAGAUCUCUGAAUGUCCAGCUGGGGAGGAUGAAAAUAGAGACAAAUAGACUACUGGAGGAAUUAGUUCGGAAAGAAAGGGAAUUCCAAGCACUCCUUCAUCAAGCAAUUGAAGAAAAAGAUCAAGAAAUUAAACACCUGAAGCUUAAGUCACAGCCAAUAGAUAUUCCUGGGCUAUACGUUUGUCAUCUAAAUUCUCCUAGCAUAGGAGCUGAAGAUUCUGAACUUAUUGACUGGCUGAGAGAGAAUGGAGCAGAUGAGGACACUAUAAGCAGGUUUUUGGCUGAAGACUACAGUCUAGUGGAUGUUCUCUACUACGUUACCCGGGAUGAUUUGAAAUGCCUGCGGCUGAGGGGAGGGAUGCUGUGUACACUGUGGAAAGCCAUCACUGACUUUCGAGAAAAACAACCUUGACUGUCUAUGGUUCAGCGUGCUUCUGCUCUUCAGUGGAGAGUCUGA